AUGUCUGGGAACCCGAAGAAGACAUCUAUUGGGGAUCCGAGACCACGUGGUUGGGGGACGAGCGCUACACCGGCGAUAGGGAACUGGAGGAAUCCCCUCGGUGCCGUUCAGAUGGGCCUAAUCUAUGUGAAUCCACAGGGACCGAAUGGUAACCCGGAUCCUGUCGCUGCAGCUAUAGACAUUAAAGAGACGUUCCGUCGCAUGGCAAUGAACGACGAGGAGACGGUUGCACUCAUCGCUGGCGGACACACGUUCGGCAAAACCCAUGGUGCUGCUGAUGCGGAUGAGUACGUCGGGCCCGAACCCGAGGGUGCCGACCUUGAGGAGCAAGGACUCGGCUGGAAGAACACCUACGGUAGCGGCAAGGGCAGCGACACGAUUACCAGCGGGUUGGAGGGUGCCUGGACCACCGCGCCGAUCAAGUGGGACAAUAACUUCUUUGAAAACCUGUUCGACUACGAGUGGGAACUGAUAAAAGGCCCCGGCGGUGCAUGGCAGUGGACUCCCAAAGAUGAAUCUGCACAGGACACCGUGCCGGACGCUCACGAUUCCUCGAAGAAGCACGCCCCCAUGAUGCUCACGACCGACCUAUCUCUGAAAGCGGAUCCAGCCUAUGCGAAGAUUUCCAAACGCUUCUACGAGAACCCGGAAGAGUUCGCAGAUGCCUUUGCUAAGGCGUGGUACAAGCUGACCCACCGCGACAUGGGACCUCGAACACGCUGUCUCGGUUCCUUGGUUCCUGCGGAACCGCAGCUGUGGCAAGAUCCCGUCCCUGAUGUUGAUCAUGAAUUGAUUGCGGAGCAAGACAUUGCUGCCUUGAAGACCAAGAUCCUCGAAUCAGGGCUGUCCAUUUCUCAACUCGCCUCGACCGCUUGGGCAUCUGCGGCAACAUUCCGCGGUACCGACAAGCGCGGUGGCGCUAAUGGGGCACGCAUUCGUCUCGCGCCGCAAAAGGAUUGGGAAGUCAACAAUCCGCCCGAACUGGAGAAGGCACUUCAGACCCUGGAGGAGAUUCAAAAGGAAUUUAACGGAUCGCAAUCCGACGGGAAGAGGGUCUCGCUUGCUGACCUGAUCGUUCUCGCUGGGUGUGCAGCGGUCGAGGCAGCUGCGAAGAACGCUGGCAUCGAUGUACAGGUUCCCUUCGCUCCGGGGCGCACGGACGCGUUGCAGGAGCAAACGGAUGUCGAAUCGUUUGCUGUGCUUGAACCAACCGCCGACGGAUUUCGCAACUACCUCGCAAACGGACACCAGAGAACAGAUGAAGAGUUGCUGGUGGAUCGCGCACAAAUGCUGACGCUAACCGCACCUGAGAUGACAGUGCUCGUCGGUGGCUUGCGCGUCCUAAAUGCAAACGUCGGUCAGUCCGAACUCGGCGUUUUCACUGACCGUCCCGAGACGUUGACUACUGAUUUCUUCGUGAACCUACUUAACAUGAACAUCGAGUGGCUGGCAUCCUCUACAACUGAGGGUGUGUUCGAGGGGCGCCAUCGCUUGACAGGCGAUCUCAAGUGGACCGGCACCUGUGUCGAUCUCGUAUUCGGCUCAAACUCCCAGCUCCGAGCCAUUGCGGAAGUCUACGCGUAUGAUGACUCUCAACAAGCAUUUGUGCGGGACUUCGUCGCUGCGUGGAACAAGGUCAUGAAUCUUGAUCGCUUCGACCUUGUCUGA